CUUUCGGCAUUGGUACUGGGGAAUCUUGGCAAAUGUUAUUGUUCACAGAGGGAAUAAAAGAGCAGCCUUGACCGUCAUUGUGCAGUAGCUAGAGAAGUUCUGUCUCUUGUUCUUGUGAAGUUAAAUCAGCCGAAGACUCAAUCCAGUCAUGUUUCUGCAGUCAAGUAUCAUCCUCUUGUUCAUAGCAGUCUGCUGUAUUGCAGCACCUUCAGUUACAUUCAGUAAGAGUAGAACUUUAAUUUAGUCAUUUAGACAAUUAUUGUUCAUCUAGCAAGUAAUUCUGUAAUGGGGAUUCUUACUGCAUUUUAUGAAGAUGUGCUUCUCUGAAGCAACUAACAGCUCACAAUGUGGGUUUCUUUACCCACUAUUAUAGACCAUUGGACCACCAGAUGCAGUGUUCCCGGGCAGGUCUUCAGUCCGUGUAAAGCUGGUUGCAAUCCAACAUGUGACAACCUGGACCCAAUCUGUGCUCUGGCCUGCAUACCUGGAUGCCGCUGUCCACGUGGUACCGCUCUGGAAGGUGGCCGCUGCAUAUCAGCCAAGAGAUGUGGUGAAUUAUCGUCCAAACCGAUUGAGCUCCCAUGCAGUAUUCCGGGCCAGGUCUACAUGCGUUGUGGUACAGCGUGUCCACCAACCUGCGAGAAAUAUUCAAAGCCAAGAAAAUGCACCAAGCAGUGUGUUCGUGGAUGCCAGUGUCCCCGUCGAACUGUACUGCAUCAGGACCAAAUGCAUCCUUCGAAGCCAAUGUCCAGAGUAUGGAAUAGAAUAUAUCUCUCUAGCUAGAGACUGAUAAAAAAAGCUUAGCCAAUAGCAACUGUUAUAUUGUUUUUGGAGACUAUACUAAAGUACUUUGCUGUCUCAAAGUUUUGCACUAAGGUAUAAUACUUGAAGCAUAAGAGUCCAGGAUAGUCUGUGUU